GUUAACCCCUUAGAUGUUGGAAGUAAAACAUUUAAUAACUCCAUAAAUAUUUUGGGUCAGCUCUCGAUAGCAGAUGGUUGGUUUAUUGAUGGUGUUGACAUAGACAGGUUAUCAGCUACUGCUGUGCACCUGACAGGAAAUCAACAAAUACCCGGAAAGAAGAAAUUUCUAGGUAAUGUUAAUUUUGGUGAUGUAUCUGUUAGUGGUAAUGUUACUGUUGAGGAGAUAGACUUGGAAUACUUGAAUGACAAUGCAAUGAAAGUCACUACUGGACUUGACCAAAUUGUCACUGGUGUACAUACAUACGGUGGUAAUUUCACUAUCCAACGGAACUUCACAAUAGAUGGUCUUGUAAAUGGUAUUGAUGUUGAAUUUCUGAAUGCUCAGUAUAUGAGCUUGACUAAAGCCCAGAUGGUGAACAGUUCAAUGAACUUCCAGGAACUGUAUAUGUGGAUUAUAAUGUCAGUGCAGAUGAAAUACAUUUGUAUGGCUAUCUUAAUGAUGUAUACUUCAUGGAUUGGUCAGAGAAUGUGUUGCUGACUAAUAGUUCCCUCUUGGUUAAUGUCCCGACAGUUUUUAGCAGCAACAUCACUGUAGAAGAUAAUGUUUAUGUGCAUGGCUUGACAGAUGGUGUGGAUCUAUCCCACAAUUCUAUGCGAUUCUCGGCAAACAACAAUAUAACUGGUGUGAAAACAUUUACUGGUGGUCUGAUAUUGGAGGAAAAUUUAGUCAUCAGUGAUGGCAAUUUAAUAGAUGGCGUUGAUGUAUCUUUUUGGGCAGAGAAUGCAGUCUAUGUUGACAGGAAUUUUAAUAUUACUGGAGAAAAGACAUUCACUGAAAUUAAUUGUACAGGUGACCUGAGGGUUUAUGGGCUUGUUGAUAAUGUGGAUGUGUCUGAAAGUACAUUAUUACUAAAGUAUGGAAAGCAGACGAUAACUCAUAAUAAGGGCUUCUUAGAUAAUGUUGUGUUUUCAGGAGGCUUGUUUGUUACUGGUGAAAUUAACAAGGUUGACUUAAAUGAUUUGAAGAACAAUACGAUGUUGAUUUCUGAGAACCAGAUUGUGUAUGGCACAGUUGUAUUCACUGAAGAGACAGUAUUUGACUUCAUAGAAGUGAACGGUUUAAUUGACGAUGUUGAUAUCACAGAUUUAUACAAUUCCGUAUACAGUUACCAAGUGUUUAAUACUUUAAAUACUAGUGUAGAAUACCGUUGUGAAGUACUGGAAGAAAUGCAUGAAGCAGCAGAUGAUGUUGCAGUAUAUAUGGAUUACUUGAAGCUUGAACAGGUAUUUCAGAAUGAAGGAACAAUUAAGUGGAGUUCAUUUGUGUUAGAUGGGAUACAGUGGUUAGCUAUGAUGAGAUCUUCCAGCCAAAUUGUAACUGCAACGUGUACUACCUCCAAAUUGUAUCAAUGGAAUGAGACCGCACAGCAGUUUGACAUGACACUGGAAAUUAAAACAAGCAAAGGUGAAGAAAUAGAAUCGUUUCAGUUUGAUGGGAGGCAGUUUUUGAUCAUUGUUAAUCAUGUUGACUUUGAUUCAUCGUCUUGUGCAAGAAGUGAAUUUUUAACAACACCCGAACUACCUGCAGCUAAUUCCCAAACUCCACCAAAUACCCAAUGCUGGGGAAGUGUCUAUUGCCGAAUGGAAUUCUACUACCUCUUCUCUGAGUCUGUAUCAGAAAUUGACAUCUUAUGGUGCAUCCGAUGCGGAAGUUUAUGUUCAUCCACAUACACAAGAGCUGUGCAUUGCAAUCGCUAACAAGAUGUACAAUGAUUACAAUACGGCUAUAGAAUCUUACAUUUACUGUAUGUCUAGUUUAACCAGCGGAUUUGUUUGGAGAUAUUCUAUUGAUACGUUUGGUGCCAAUGCGAUCAAACAUUUUGUCAACGGUGGUACCAGUCAUCUCAUUGUAGCCAAUACAGUUAACUUCAUUGACUUUUCAUAUGUACCCAAGUCUGAAGUGUUUUCCUGGACAGGAAGUAAAUAUGAAAGCGAUACUUUGUUAACCACAACCUUGGCUACAGAUGUUUUGGUGUUGGAUGUCCAUGAUCAGAAACUCAUCGUAAUUUCUCAUGAAAACAUUGUCGAUAUCUACAGGUAUGAUGAAAAUACUCCAGGGUUUGAAUACGUCAGUGAAAUUGAUGUGACAAUGCCAGUUUCAAUGGACCAUAUGCAGAUUGGAUAUGAUGAAAUAUUGUUAGUCUUGGAUCAGGAUGUGGGCAUUAAGGUGUACAAGUACAA